GUAACCGGCAGACGUUUUCUCGCACGUGAUUCCAAAACAGACGUUGGUAUUUGGCAAAAAAAAAACAUUAAAAAUUAAAUAACUCGUUCGUCAUCUACGAUAGAUGAAGACUAUCUUUGUUUAACGUAACGCCAUGGUGCUGAAUUUUGCAUACAGUACCAGGCCAACUUUAACAUGGGGAUCAUUUGCCAUUAGGUUACCAUAUUUCAAAGUAACUGGACUAUCUCUUUCCAAACCACAAAAGGUGGUUAUCAUAUCAUUAACCGUGGGUGUUGGUUUGGUGACUUUACUCUCACGUUACUUGAGAAGGAGAAAAAGGAUACGCCCCACCCAACCCUCUAGACUAGAUGCAGCCACAUUAAAUCGCAGACUGCGUUCUGGAUUCAGAAGUCCCAAUGGAGACUUCCUCUCGGAAUUUCAAAGCACCAGCCCUGUUCCCCAAAGAAUACAUCGAACGAGAUCUGCAUCGGUAAACAGUGACCGCUACUCUGUCUCUGAAGGGGCCGACGCCAAAUCAACCCCUCAGCUCCUAGGAACAAUGGGGGUCGAAUCACUAGAGACGGCCAUUAAUUACUGGGAAGAUGCGCUGGCCGCUUAUCAGUCGAACAGCACAGGCGCCGCUCUGCUGACGGCCGAAGAGGUCGAAUUCUGCCGCAGUUUGGAACGCGUUCUCAAGGCCGCUUACGUACUUCAAGAUGAGACGGAGCACCUUUUCCUUCACGAACACUCAGUAUUGUUCCAAACGGAAAGCGCAACGAACGUGGGCUACGCUUCCGGCUCUCACACGCUGUACUCGCGCACGUCUUACAGUUUCACGUCGGCCGAUUCGUUCGUGUCGGCGGUGAGCGACGAAGUGGCCGAUUUGGAAGAUUUCGCCGACCUGCCCGUCGAUGAUAGUCUGCCCAGCUUGUACCAAGGCUCGAUGAAGCAGCUGGACGAGAGCGGAAUACCCUGCCGAGUGCUGCGCACCGAACUGACGGGCUGUCAGAGCGACAUCGAAUACCUGUGCAAAUUGCAUUGCAUCCGGCUGGCCUGUCAGGGCGUGUUCCACUUGGCCGGGGCCGACCAGUGGUUCAUCUCCGCCGGCCGUUCCUUGUUGACCGAGUUGCUGAUGCUGGCCGAUAAGGAUCCUCGCGACGUCCUUGAAGCAUACGACGCCAUGAUGGUUUUCGUCCAAGAUACAGAGCAACGAUUCAAACUAGCAGCCGAGAUGGAACACAGAGGUGUCAAGGCUGUCACCUUCUAUGAUGUCGUGUUGGAUUUCAUCUUAAUGGAUGCUUUCGAAGAUUUGACGGCUCCUCCAUCUUCCGUUUUGGCUGUUAUCAAUAACAGAUGGCUUAGCAAUGGAUUUAAAGAAGGCGCCUUGGCGACAGCAGUUUGGAGUGUUUUGAAGGCCAAACGGCGGAAGCUGCUCUACCAGGAUGGCUUCAUUUCACACUUUUACGGUAUCAUGGAACACUUGAGCCCCGUUUUAGCUUGGGGCUUCUUAGGACCGGAUUCCGAUCUGAAGAAAGCCUGUUUCAUUUUCAAAAAUCACGUUGAAGGAUACCUGCGCGAUAUUUUUGAUUUCGAACGUGUUCGCUACUUGACUGUUGAGGAAAUGGCCGAAGAUGUUUGGGCGCUUGCUAAAGAACGUCGAGAGGCCAUCACUCGGCAAAUGCCACGCAGGUGACCAUACCCAGCGGACAACUGCCGAGCUUAUCGGGGCCGAAUGAAUCGGUCAGCAAUUAAAGCUUUUUAAAUAGAAACCUUUGACGCUGUCUCAUAAAAAAGAAACGUAGUGGUGUGGAACUCGACCGCAAAUGAAUCGCGUAUUUUCAGAA